GGCGUCUAGGGUUUGGCUUCCAUCUGUUCGUUGCUUUGCAGGAGGUGUAGAGAUUGCACGAGUCGCUUCGUCUCCUUCGUUGCUGUUCGAUUUCGCUGCUUCGACGAUUUUCCCUUCGUGUCGGAUCGGAAGUUACGACAUUUUGAUCGGAAGCAACGACGGGAGGAGGGAAACGGAGGAUUUAUUCCGCCGUCAGAUUUACGGGGCGCUCAAAUACCGUUUGGCAGGAUUUAACAUAAAUCCUGGUCAAAUCCUGCAUAAAUCCUGUCGCUAAACAGCCCCUAGAGGCGACUCAGGCUUCGCGCGCGGACUGAAGGACCGAUGGGUCGGAAGAAGACGGUGACGAUCGACGACGACGAGUACUCUUUGCCGGGAGACGAACAGCAAUUGCAGGCGUCCGAGAAAGAGAACCACGCUUCAAGUAGACAGGCUGGGCUUGAUGAUUCUUCUACGAAAAAGCAGCAAACAAAGAAGAAUAAGAAAGGAGGGAGGACCGCCCUUGAGGAGGAAGACUUGGAUAAAAUUCCUGCUGAGCUUGAGGAAGAUGAGCCAGUGCUCGUGGCUUUUUCGGGGAAGAAGAAGCCUUCUAAAUCCAAAAAAGAGAAAAUUUCUCAAGCUUCCAGUUCGUUUGAUGCCCUUAGUGAUGUGAAAGACAAUCAGGUAGAUGAGUAUGAGGAGACGCCAAUUGUUAUUGCAUUCUCAGGUAAGAAGAAGCCUUCUAAAUCCAAAACAGAAAAAAUUUCUGCGGCUUCCAGUGCCUUCAGCGCUCUUGGUGAAGAGGAAGAUAAUCAGAUUGAUCAAGAAGAAGCUGAGCAGCUUCCUGUGACGUUCACUGGUAAGAAGAAGCCUUCUAAAACCAAUAAAAACAAAAUUUAUGGUUCUUCUACUGCCAUUGAUGCCUUUUUUGGAGAGGAAGAAAGAGAAGGUAGGUCCGAGCAGCAGCUUCAAUUAUUAAAUGAGGCUGAUAACCAUGGGGAGGACGAACUGAAAUCAAGCAGACAGGCUGGGCUUGAUGAUUCUUCAACGAAAAAGCAGCAAACAAACAAGAAGAAGAAAGGAGGCAGGACUGCCCUUGAGGAGGAAGACUUGGAUAAAAUUCUUGCUGAGCUUGGGAAAGUGUCACAGCCUCCAAGCUCAGUUGUUCCUCCUACAGCUCCAGAGGUAAAUCCUGAAGAGAGUGAGCUAAAGGAUGCUGAUGUGGAUUCCAGCAGACAGGAUGGUGCUUUUGAAGAUAAUGCAUCCAAAAAUAAGCAGCAGAAAAAGAAGAAGAAGAAAAGUGGGAGAACUUUCCAGGAGGAGGAGGACUUGGAAAAGAUCCUCGCUGAACUUGGAGAUGGUCCACAACCUGCUCCAACUUCUUCUGCUCCAUCUUUACAUUUGGUCGAAGAAUCAGCAAAACUUGAGUCCAUACUAGCUAAUACUUCUACCGAUGUUGUUGUUGAUGAGAAGGAAGAAGCAGAGGAGGUGGAGUCAGCGGCUGCUAAGAAGAAAAAGAAGAAGAAGGAGAAGGAGAAGGAAAAGAAGGCAGCAGCUGCUGCAGCUUCUACUGUCAUUGUUGAGGAGGAGACUAAGGAAGAGAAGAAGGAUAUGUCAAAGGGAAAAGCUGCGGACAAGAAAAUGCCAAAGCAUGUUAGAGAGAUGCAGGAGGCAUUGGCACGGAGGAAGGAGGCUGAAGAGAGAAAAAAAAGAGAGGAAGAGGAAAGGUUGCGAAAGGAGGAAGAAGAGAGAAAGAGGUUGGAAGAGCAAGAGAGGCUUGCUGAGGAGGCAAAGAGAAGGAAAAAGGAAAGGGAGAAGGAGAAGCUUCUGAAGAAGAAACAGGAGGGAAAACUCUUGACAGCCAAGCAAAAGGAAGAACAAAAGAGGUUAGAAGCAAUGAGGAGACAGUUUCUAAGUCAGAAUGAUAAUAUAUCUGCUGACGUAACUCGAGAGACCAAAAAAAGACCAAUAUACCAAAAGAAAGCAAAGGCUGCUCAGGCAAAGGCUGGAGAUUCGGAAAAGGCAUCAGAAUCUCAAAAUGAGGUAGUUGAAGUUGAUGCUGUUCAACCUGAUGAAGAUGAUAUGGUCGAGGAGACCAUACCUCAACAUACAGAAGUUCAGGACCAACCUGAAGAAUCUGAAAUUAUGGAAGAGGAUGUAGAAGAUGAGGAGUGGGAUGCUAAAAGCUGGGAUGAUGUCGAUGUCAAAUUGCCUGGCACAAAUCCUUUUGCUGAGGAAGAUAAGGAAGAGUUGAAUGCCGAUACUGUUGUUGCACCGGAAAGUGCAGCAUCCGGUGCAACAGCUAAAAAAAUAGUUGUCCCUCAAGCAUCUUCAAAGAAGGUAGGUGAAGUGAAUGGUCGUGAAAUAUCCGACAGUGUUGCAAAGACUAGAAAUAAUGUUGAAGUUAAGCAGGAAUCAAACCAUUUACAUGAUACGACCAAAAAGGCCGGUGAACUUCGCUCGCCCAUUUGUUGUAUUCUUGGUCAUGUGGAUACUGGUAAGACCAAGUUGCUUGAUUGCAUCCGUCGGACAAAUGUGCAGGAGGGAGAAGCUGGAGGUAUUACCCAACAGAUUGGAGCAACUUAUUUUCCUACUGAAAAUAUAAGGGAGAGAACCAAGGAGCUUAAAGCUGAUUCAACAUUGAGAGUUCCAGGAUUGCUUGUUAUAGAUACUCCUGGACACGAGUCAUUUUCUAAUUUGCGUUCUAGAGGUUCAAGUUUGUGUGACAUUGCUAUUCUUGUUGUGGACAUUAUGCAUGGACUUGAGCCACAAACCAUUGAAUCUCUUAACCUACUCAAAAGUCGGAAUACAGAGUUCAUUGUUGCAUUGAACAAGGUUGAUCGAUUAUAUGGUUGGAAGAAAUGUCCUGAUGCACCCAUAAGGAAGGCUAUGAACCAACAGUCUAAUGAUGUAAAGAAUGAAUUCAACAUGAGACUUACGCAGAUUAUAACCCAGCUUAAGGAACAAGGUCUGAAUACGGCUUUGUACUAUAAAAAUAGAGAUUUGGGAGAGACAUUUAAUAUUGUGCCAACCAGUGCAGUGAGUGGCGAAGGUAUACCAGAUCUGCUUUUGCUCUUGGUGCAAUGGGCACAGAAAACAAUGGAAGAUAAGCUUACUUAUGUUGAUGAAGUUCAGUGUACUGUCUUGGAAGUCAAAGUGAUUGAAGGGUUAGGAACCACGAUAGAUGUGGUGCUUGUUAAUGGCACUCUUCAUGAAGGGGAUCAAAUAAUCGUUUGUGGUAUGCAGGGGCCUAUUAUGACCAAUAUUAGAGCUUUAAUGACUCCUCAUCCUAUGAAGGAGCUCCGAGUUAAGGGCUCAUACAUUCAUCAUAAACAGCUUAAAGCGGCACAAGGUGUGAAAAUUUCUGCGCAGGGCCUUGAACAUGCUAUUGCAGGCACUGCUUUAUAUGCUGUAAAGCCUGGUGACGAUAUUGAAGCCAUAAAGGAAGCUGUAAUGCAUGAUAUGAACAAAGUCAUGAGCCGGAUUGACAAGAGUGGGGAGGGUGUUUAUGUGCAAGCCUCAACCUUAGGUUCUCUAGAAGCACUAACAGAGUUCCUAAAGAGCCCAGCUGUUAAUAUUCCCUUCAGUGACUUCAGUAUAGGUCCAGUACACAAGAAAGAUGUUAUGAAGGCUAGUGUUAUGCUUGAAAGGAAAAAGGAAUAUGCAACUAUCUUAGCUUUUGAUGUGAAAGUAAUGCCGGAGGCUCGUGAGCUUGCAGAAGAGUCAGGUGUAAGGAUUUUUGUGGCAGAUAUAAUCUAUCACCUAUUUGAUCAGUUUAAGGCUUACAUAGACAACUUAAGGGAAGAGAAGAAGAAGCAAAGUGCUGAGGAGGCAGUCUUCCCAUGUGUUCUUAAGAUAAUGCCAAACUGCGUUUUCAACAAAAAGGAUCCUAUUGUUUUGGGGGUAAAUGUUCUUGAAGGUAUUGCCAAGAUUGGAACCCCUAUUUGCAUUCCUUCGAGAGACUUCAUUGAUAUAGGAAGAAUUGCAUCUAUUGAGAUUAACCACAAACAGGUUGAUGUAGCUACAAAAGAUCAGAAAGUAGCCAUAAAGAUAGUAAGCAACAGCGCUGAAGAACAGCAGAAGAUGUAUGGAAGGCACUUUGAAAUAGAAGAUGAGCUUGUUAGUCACAUCUCUAGAAGAUCAAUAGAUGUUCUAAAGGCAAAUUACAGGGAUGAUUUGUCCAAUGAAGAAUGGAGGCUAGUAGUCAAGUUAAAGAAUGUCUUCAAGAUACCUUGAUUCAAGGAAAGAUGUGAGCCCACUAGGUGCUGAGCUUAUCCUCGGGUCAGUUUGGGUCGGGUCGGGUCGGGUUGAGCUUGAAUAACUUAUGUCUUUUGACUGCAAAGGUUAACUCUAAUGAAUCAACUGGAGCUUAAUGCCAUUAAGCACACGUCAAAAUAGUCGGCUUCAUAAAAAAAAGUCACGUUCUUCCUCAUCUGUUACUUCUGUCCAUUGUCCUUUCUCCCUACCGUUUAGUAAAAAAAGGAAGUAUUGGAUUUUGUUUUUCAGUUUUCUUUUUUCCUUCGGGUUGAUGGGAAUGGGAAAAUACCUGAUUGGGGAUUCAGAUGUUCAAUUUCGCAUGAUUUAUUAUUUUUAUGAAAUUGAGGGCAAAAUACUGUUGUCAAGUUUCUAGUGAGUUGGUUUUGUAGUUUACAUAAUAAAUAUCUGAUCUAUGAUGGAGCUUAAACCCAGCAAAACGAUUUCCUUCUGUCUUUUUAGUUGCAAUAACUAUGGAAAGAUGAAUUAAAUUAGCAA